UAUUAUAUUCGCCCGUAAAAUAUAUCGGUAUAAUCGUGCUUUAUUAUCCACGAUAUUCUAUAAAUAGUGAACACUCUAUAAGAAAUAAAAAAAUAAUCCAUUUUAUACCGGUACAAUCUUUGUAUAAUAAUGAGAAGAACAGUGUCGAAUAUAUAUUCACGAAUGACCUAUCGCCGGGAUAUUACAUCAUAAAAUUAGUUACUAACAUAACUGAAGAUAUAGGCCUAAAAAGCUUUUAUAAAAGAGGGGAACGACAAUGGUUGGCAACAUAUGUUAAUACUACUGGAAUCCGACACAUGAUUCCACAUUUGACCGAAUCUUUACACAUCUCGCCCGUCUAUAAUAUUACUAUAAAACAUCAUAAAAAUUAUACAGUUUUAUCAAAUAUACCGACACAGACAGUAAUGUAUGAUAAAAACACGAUAAUGACACAUUUUAAUACAUUUGUAAGGCCUAAUUAUUUUGUAUUUGUGGAUAUCCGGGCUAAUUUAUCUCUCAUAUCUGGUCCAAGUGAAAGUAAGGUCAGCGUUGAUAUGUGGUGUAGAAAUGCGCACUGCGCAUUUGCACACAAAAUUGUUCAAAAUAUAACUCUAUACUUGUUUCGUAAAUGGGAACGCCUGAAUCAAUUUUGGCAAAUAAAUCAUAUUGCAAUUCCGGAUUUUCCGGAAAACGAAAGCAUCAUAAAUCUGGGCCUUGCUAUUUAUAGAGAAGCAGAUGUUACCUACAUUGAGAAUGUCGAUCCUCCUGCGAAUAAAAUUAAAGUUGCUCACUUCAUAGCCCAUAAAGUAGUACAGGAAUGUCUUUAUUAUGAAAAUCCAUUUUGGUCGUUAUCUUCUGGGCUAAAUGAGGCUAUAGUCACAUUUCUUGGAUUAUAUAUCAUUAAUGAGGUUCCCCGAAAUAUAAUAUCCAAAUAUAAUAUCCGGAUGAUAGACUUGUUUGUGGUACAUUUUCAGCAGGAAUUCCUUCAUUUCGACACUGAAUAUAAUACAUCACUUUAUAAUGCGUCAUUCGAUAUUUCUUUCGAACAUUAUCGUUACAUUAAAGGAUACUGUAUAUUGCGUAUGUUUCAACAUAUGGUUACUGAAGAAAUAUUAUGGCAGACUAUCCGCAUAUAUGUAAAGGAUAACAAGCCUGUUAACACUUUUGGUGAAGUUUUGGAGAACUUUUCGAUCACACAAAUAUCUGCAAAUAAUUUUAUUGUUAUGAGACAGAUAAUUAAUUAUUGGACAGAUAAAAAAUAUUAUUCUGUAUUAAAAAUGACACAAGGUGGUCGUCAUGGAGACUGGACAUAUGUAUUAACGCACAAUUUAAAUAAGGUGGUGGAUUAUAUCAUACCUAUAACAUAUACUACACAGAAGCAUCAUCAUUUUACUGGUUCUUUAGAUACUAUUUUAUUAUCUUUUCUGACUUUUGGAUUACAUUUGAAUUCUAAAGAGGAUGGCUGGAUAAUAUUUAACAUACAACAAACUGGAUAUUAUCGAAUCAAUUACGAUAUCGAAAACUGGCGAAGAAUUACAAAUUAUCUAAAUUCUGCAAAUUACAUGAAAAUACAUGUUCUGAAUCGUGCCCAAAUUAUCGAUGACGCUUUCCACUUGAUGAUAACAAACCAACUUAAUUCUAUUGUUUUCUGGAAUAUUACGCAAUAUCUAUCACGAGAAAGAGACUACGUGGCAUGGUAUCCCAUGUUCAAAGCUUUGGAAUAUCUGUCCAAUAUCUUUCUAUUUUGGGAAUCAAUAUAUUCUGACAUCAAGGUAAAAAUGCGAAAUUUAUUAUAUAAUUUGCUUGAUAAACUUGAAUACGAUGAAAUUUCUAAUGAACACGAGCUUACAAAGAGUUUAAGAAUGGAGGCUGCGAAAUGGGCAUGUAAUCUUGGUAGUCGCAUAUGCAUAGAAAAAGCCCAACAUAAAUUAAAUCGACAUCUCGAAGAUCCCGAAAACAACACGCUUUUGCCAUGGUGGGAAGAAUGGACAUACUGUCAAGGUUUAAAAAUAUUAUACUAUUCUCUUGACAUUGAAGAUUCUCCUAGCAAUAAAGAGUCUCCUUGGUGGAGAGUAUAUCAUCUGGGAAAAGAAAAAUUUAAACCUAAACUUUUAAAAUUCCUCUCUUGCCCUGAGGAUUCAAAAUUUAUCAAACCAUAUCUUAAUCUAAUAAAAAAUGACAGUACAACAUCGAUUAUGUUUUUAGAAGAUUUUUGCGAUAAAGAUUAUAUUAAUUAUUUUCUUUUUACUAUCGCGAAGCACGCAAGGAAUCCUGUAGUACUCGACUUCAUAUUAGAAAAUCUUGAGAACAUAAGACCCAGACAAGUCAGCGAGCAUGCAACAUUUACUGUUAUUAUUAAUCAUGUGUAUUAUACAGAACAAUUGGAAAAGAUAAGCGAAUUUGCAGAAAGCUACAGACGUAUGGCAGCAUAUUUACCAAUAUAUAUCUAUAUAUCCCAACAUAUUUCAAAUAUUCAAAGCAAGAUACGAAGGCGCAUUUUCGAAAUCAAAUGUCAACAGUAUUACUUUCAGAAUUUUGUAAAAUAUCAAUAA